AUGGCGGGCGACGGCUGCUUGGCCUUGUGGCGGGCGGAGAACGACCGGCUGGCCCGGCACUGGCGGAGGGCGACGCGCCUUCCCGGCCCGGCCCCGGAUCCGUUCGCGGAGCUGCUGAGGGAGAUUCAAGGGCUCCCGGCCGCCCUGCCGAGCCUUCCCGUGGAGCUGGCCGUCCUCUGCAACGCCCUGCCCGCCCAGAUGCGCCCUCCCGGCGGCUGCCCCCGGCGCGCCUCGGCCUGGAUCGAGCGGGGACUCCGGCGGGUGCUGGAAGCUCGUGCGGCCACCGAGGAGGGUCUCGCCUCCGGGGAUCUCUGGCCGAGGGUCCUCCGGCAGGCCUCGCCCGAGGAGCUCCGGGCCCCCUUGCACCACCUGGCUGCCCUGCAGGCGGCCUCCUGGCUGGCCGAGCAGCAGCUGGAGAGAGCCCGGGAGCUGCUGCGGCUCCUCAGCGGUGCCCAGAUGCCGGACUCUCCUUGCGUUGGUUGUGACAGUGAGCUCCUUUCCCUGCUGCAGAUGUGGCACCCCCAUGAAAGGGGAGAGUCUGACCCCCUGGUGGUACAAACCAUCGGAGACUUGAAAGAGAUUCUGUGGACCUCAGCUGCCUUCUUGCAAGGUGUUCAGGAGCUGGAAGGUGGCAACCCCCAUGGUACCCUUCCUUUCCUCCAAGCAGCUCUGUCCAGGCUGUGUUCUAAGCGGGUCCUCGCCCAGAUCUUCACCUUGAUGGGAAGCUGCUGCUGGAAAAUAGGCAAGCCACACACAGCGCUGCAGCAUCUGAAGCAGGCCCUGGAGGUGGACUGCACCUUCCUGCCGGCCUUGUACCAAGCAGCUCUCUUGUACCACCAACUGGGACUCACCGAGGCCGAACUGGAGGUUCUGCUGCUGCUUUGUCAGGCUCUGGAGAGUCCCCCACAGGUAGCCCUGGAGUCCCACGACCCCCAUUUCCUCAUCCGAACAGAGCUUCUCAUCAGCGGAUGCCGUCCGGCUGCUUUCCUUGCCCCAAGAUGCCCAUCAGGAGUGAAAUACAUGCUGGCCAAGAGGUGUUUGCAGGCGGAGAGGGCAACAGAGGCUGCAGAGCAUUACCUGGACUUUCUGGCGCUCUUUCAGGAAGGGCCUCUUCCCCAGGGAGAUUCUCUAAAUAUGGUCUCUGUGACCUCUGAACUCCUCAAAAAGGUGUCUCAGUGUAGCGAGCCGGCUGUGCCCAGAAUUCCAGAGGUCUUCCUGGAAGCCGCCUCUGCUCUGGAGGAGGCAGCCAGGCACCAGGAAGCCAUCGUGGUGUGCGAAGAGGUGGUCUCCCACACAAGCAGGCUGGUCCCGGCCAAACUCUGCAUUGUGCUGGGCCGGAGUUCUGGAAAGGAGCCCGCGGGGGCGGAGAGGUCCUCCUUGGCAAAAUCUGCUGCGGCUGUCCUGGAAGAGCAGAGGGAGAGCCUGCGCUGUGUCCUCUGGCAAGCGUCCGCCCACUUGAUCGAGGGCUGGGCAAGAGCCCGGCUGGGAGAAACCAAGGAAGCCAUAAACGGCUUCAGCAGGUGUCUUAAUGAUCUCCUGAGAGUCCAUCUGGUCAGCACAGGCAGGACUGAACCAGAAGGAGAACAGAUGGCCGUACCUGAAGCGGAGCUACUCCCCCAAAUCAGACUCCUGGCCUUGACAGGAAGAGGAAUCCAGUUUCUGGAGCUGGGGAGGUUCAAAGAAGCGUUGAUGGAUUUUCAGUACAGCCUGCAGGUCUCUCCAGAGAGCUGCGCCUCUACCUUGUACUUACUGCACACCCUCUGGAAACUUGACCGGAAGCAGGAGGUGGUUGCGCACUGGCCGAAGUUCCCAUCGGAAUCUGGCUUGAUGGGGGGAAACGCAGGCAGAUCUCCCCCACUCUACCUGCGAUCGUGCGUGAAACAGACGGAGUUUCCUCGCAGGGAAUCCUUUGCCAAGGAUAUAAAAAGCUACCUCGGGGAGAAGGGCCAGGUGCUUUAAUGCUACGGUGGCUUCUUUUGCCAGCUUUACUCUCAGAUGCUUCUCUCCCUCCCGAAAGGGCUUCUCCAGAGUUCACUGUCGCCCGUGGGAAGAAGGUGACGCUUUCUGAGUUCCUGGGGGUGGGGUGGGGGGCAACGGCGUGGGAAGGGUGGCCUUUCUUAAUGGCAGAAAAGGGUGCUCUUGCUCCCACGUGAAUAUCUCUGCCAGAAUGCUCUGGCUCAUGGAGCUGGCUUGUAUGACUCAGGAGGGCUUCGUGCUCAACGGGAAGUGGGGAAGAGCCCCAGGCGCAGAGGCCGCGGCGGCUCCCUUUGGCAAUGUGAUCCUCAACCCCUGCAGCGGUUCAGAGGAGAACAGUCUUGGCUUCCAGGGCCUCUGCAUCCCUUGCCAGAGUCUGGGUGAAGAGCCAGAGGAACUGCCAAGAGGCAUCCUUGUUGGGAUUUAGGAUUUAGGAUUUAUUUGGGAUUUAUAGGCCGCCCUUUUCCCUGAGGGGACUCAGGGCGGCUUACAUUCAUAGGGAAUGAGACCCACUGAAACGUGGAGCUCAACCAAAGUGGCUUAUGCUAAAGCAGGGCUCUCCAAAGCUUGGCAGCCUUAAGACUUGUGGACUUCAACUCCCAGAAUUCCCCAGCCAGUUGCCAAGUUUGGAGAGCCCUGUUGGGAUGUGCCAUAGAGAAAGACUUCCUGAAUAUGGAAGUCCUAUUGAGAUCAUUUGGUUAAGCGUAAAAGGAGUUAAAAACCAAACUAUGCCGUUUUGGGACCCCUCUUCACUCAGGUAGAGGUUGCAAAUGAUGCUUUUCUAAAUCAGGUUUCAAGAUGGCAGGUUCUGGUAGUGAUGGGAGACUUCAGUUACCCCAAUACUUGCUGGAAAAUGAAGAGUAAAGUUCCAGCAGGUUUCUCCUCUCUCAGCUCCGGCCCACCUGACCAGUAUUUUCCUCCCUGUGCCUCCCCCUCCCCGAGGAAACAGAUAACAUGGAUGUUUCUAAAUUACUGGCCUUGAGGGGCCUCCCUAAUUAACAGACACCCCGAUUACAGUCAUCCAAGUCUGUGGCCACCAUCAUACGGGAGUGAUGUAUAAAGGAGGCCUUUCUUUCAGCUCCAUUGGCUGAGCCCACCUGAUUCCUUCUCCCUCUCCACUUCCUCUAUGCAAUACAUGGUUUUCUGUUUUUACAAUUGGGUCACGCCUCCUCCUUCUCCUUUUUUCUACCUAAGCGGUGACUGGCAAACAGCAGAUGGCAGCAGCUAACUAAUCUCGGGAAAGCUGAGGAUUGCGCUUGGGUAAAUACUUGGAUGGAGAAUUGCCAGAGUGCCAGGGUUAUGAGGUAAACUGGGAAGCAGGGGGGAAAAAACAGGGUGGCAAGGAAGGGCCGUCAGCAAGCCCACCUGCCAAGAAGGGAGAAAUGGCAAAGUUUGCUUCCCAUGUAGGAAGUCCUCGACAUACGACCAUAAUUUGGAGCAGAAUCUCUGUUGCUAAGCAAGACGGUUGUUAAGUGAGCCUCACCAGCUGAUGACACUUUUUGUCAUAAAAGGUUGUUAAACAAAUCACUGCAGUUCUUAAGUGAAUCACGUCAUUAAGUGAAUCCGGCUCACUCUAAUCUUGACUACUUGUAGGAAGUCAGUUGGGAAUGUUGCGAAUGAGGAUUUUGUUUAAUCCUGGGAGACAGCAACCAUUACAAAUAUAUGCUGGUUGCCAAUUGCCCAAAUUGCGAUCGUGAAUGUAGGGAUGUUGCAAUGGUCAUAAGUGUGAGGACUGAGCCUAAGUCACUGCAGUUGUAACUUCAAAAACUCGUUAAAUGAAUAGUUGCAAAUCAAGGACUCCCUGUAUUUAUGUUUUCUCAAUUUCUGCAACCCCCUCAGAACCUUCCAUCAGUAAAUCUGGCGGAUGGAUUAUGUGUUUCAAGUCAGUAUUCACUUUUAAUAACCAUUUCAUUUAUUUAUUACAUUAAUAAACCUCCACUACUGUUUGGACUCCAUCCCGAAGGCUGCCUUCCAGUAGAGUAGCCAUUGCCCUGGGAGUCCUCUGCUUUUUUCUCCUUCCAACUCCCCAAGCAUUUGGGACCUUCAGGGAAGGUGGAGCUUUGCAAAACACUUGCAUCUUGAAUGUGAAAUUUAGCCCGGUUUGUUUCAAGACCCAUUCUUUUACGUCUAUCCACAAUAUUCCCAUGAAUCCUCUCUGGCAUCAGCGUCCGGAACCGUCAGUACUUCCAUCUUCUUCAAAUCCAGUUUCUGCUUCCACAGAAGAUCAUAGAGAAUUAGCGAGAUUUGGCGCAAUUCUGAUCUUUUGUAGGUGGAGACAUAUCACAGAUCUGCACCGCUUUUCCAAGAGCCUUCAGGCAGGGGUGACAUCUUCCGAGUUCAGCCUGGUUUGGUCUAAUCGGUAGGGAGGAAUGGCAGUUGGACUUACCUGAACUGCAUGUUUCGACGAGAAGUGUGGGAGGAGUA